AUGAGAGCCGUCCAUUCCUUCCUCCUGUUAGGCCUGGGCAUCGUCCUCCUUGCAACUCAAAGUGAGGCGCUCCAGUGUUACACCUGCAUGGGCUCAACAGAUGAAGACUGUAAUCGACAGGGUUCCAAAACUUGCCCCAGUUACUCAGACGCAUGUGCUGUUGUUCGGGGACACGGCAGUGGCGUAAUGAAGUCGUGCUCAUAUAAAUCCUUCUGCAGUCAGGCAAACAGCCAAGGCUACAGGGCUCCGGGUGUCAAAGUUCACUGCUGCUACUCUGAUGACUGCAACGUGGCAGGACACGCCACCCGAAUGGGCACCGGCUUCAGCUUCAUUCUGAGCCUUCUGAUGCUCGCCUGGCAUCUGCUCUAAUGUGAACCUUAGACGGACUGAGCUGGCUAUUAAUGUCCAUGGCUGCUGUGGAACUUGAAGGAACAAUAU